AUGGUACUAGAACCGAAAGGAGAGCCUAGCACUGAUGGAAUCCAAAAUAGAAUUGGAAUUAAAGGGGUUUCCUAUACAUCCAACGAAGGCCAUAAAAAAGAAUUCGUUCAUAUUGAAAUUGACAUGCCUCCAGCUAAUGGUCAUUUAAAUGAACGUCAAAGGCAGCCAUUGUUGGGUCUAUGUAAACAAGUAACAACAGCCAUUAGUAAUGGUGUUGGUUGGAAAUCAAGAAAUGAUUCAAAUACUGACAAACAUCAACCUGAUAGUGGGACAACACCUACUGAAGAUGAUAAUGGUUUUGGUCACGAAUAUCUCAACCACAAUGCCGAGGGAGCAGCUGUGCACGUCGAUAUACCAAAUAAUGUUUAUGCGUUACCAUCAAAUGAUAAAAUUAGGAUCCCACAAGAGAAAUUCAAGACUUUUGUUGCAUUAAUAUUAUUGACUGUGAAUUUUCUAAUCACCACUACAUCUUUGGCUGUUGUCCACGAAAGAGUGCCUGAUCGUAGUCUGUACAAACCAUUACCGGAUACAUUUUUAGAUGCUGUACCUGCUCGUGACUGGGCAUUAGAUGUAUCAGAAAUAUGUAUCAUUGUCAGCACAAAUUUAACAUUGUUAAUUAUUGCCAGUCAUAAGUAUAGGUUUAUUGUACUACGUAGACUGAUGUUCAUGUUGUCUCUUCUAUAUCUUCUCCGCUCUGUCACUAUGUUUGUAACUGUAUUGCCCACAUCUAGUAGCACUUAUUAUUGUUCGCCCAAAGCCAACUCAACAAAUCCAGUAUUGAUUGCUAGACGCGUAAUCCAGUUAUUUUCUGGUUUUGGUUUGUCAAUCAAUGGCAAACACACAUUUUGUGGCGAUUAUAUAUAUAGCGGACAUACCACAAUUUUAGUGAUGAGCUACUUAAUCACCGUUGAAUACUCUCCCAGACGAUGGUAUUUAUUGCAUUGGGCUUCAUGGUUGUUGGCAGCUGUUGGAGUAUUAAUGGUACUCCUAGCACACGGUCACUAUACGAUUGAUGUGAUUAUAGCAUACUUGGUUACUACACGACUGUUUUGGAUAUACCAUACAUUAGCUAAUAAUGUUUAUCUAAAGCAUAGCAGUUCCAAUAAUUAUUUAUCACGGUCAUAUUGGUUUUGGAUGUUCAGAUACUUUGAAGGAAAUAUCAAUGGUCCAAUACCUCGUCAAUAUGAUUGGCCUUUACCAUAG